AUGGAGAAUGCUUUAAGCGAACAUAUACAGGACUCGUGGAUGAGCUUCCUAUACUCCCAGAUCGACAAUCGUCUGGUUCGAGACGUUCCAAACUCUUCGCUCGACAUUUCAGACAAGCGAAUGAUCUUAAGCAAGCAUCUAGCUUCCGUACGUACUGCCGAGAACCUACUAUGUCAACACUUGAACUUCCUGCUCCCUGUGUAUCGCCUCCCUGACGAGAUUCUGGCUCACAUCAUGAAAUACGCCUGUUCGGAGGACGCCUCCCUCCCUUACCUUCCCACAAGGCUUAUGAGUGUCUCGCGCAGAUGGUGCGCGGUUGUGCGCUCUUUUGCCGAAAUCUGGGCGUAUCCACCGAUACCUGACUCCCAAGCAUGCAUCGAGGCUGCACUCUCCCGGGAUAGAUCGGUACCUCUUCAUCUGAGGUGGCAUAUUUCGGACCCUUCAAUGUCACGCUCAUUGGAAGACAAUGCUUUCGACUUGUACACGCCGACAUGCGGCAGCAUCACUCUGUCUGCCACCUCGGCCAACCUGCAGGCCAUUCUAUUCUCUCUAGGAAGCGUCGAAGCUCCCGUCUUGGAGUAUGUGUCCGUCGAAGUUGAUCUUGAUGAUAGAGAAGACCCGAACAAUCUACGAUGGCCUCCAAACUUAUUUCAGGGGGCAACGCCUCGCCUUCGCGAUCUAAACAUCUAUGACUUCGCUUGCGUCAACUGGUCCGACGCCCUGUUUUCUUCAACAUUGAGGAAGUUGGACGUUAGGCUUUUAGGAAGCGAUCAUAUACACGCUGAUGAUCUCACUGAUGAUGCUGGGUUGUCGUUCCAAGGCUUAAUCGACGCUCUGGAUCGCCUGCCGUGGUUGGAGGAGCUCGUCUUGAGUCGUUGCGUUUCGACAUCUUUACUAUAUGGGCCUCGAACAAGCGAACGAACGGCGGAUCUUCAACACUUGGAUCUUCUGGCUAUCAUGGACGACCCUGAAUCCUGUUCGCUUCUCGUCGAGGCUCUUGUGAUCGGGACCCAUACGUUGGUCGCAUACACCAUUUUUGACGCCAAUGAGCACCUUAUGGGAGGAAAGCUCGGACCGUUCUUGCGCUCACGAGUUACCGAGUGUUUUCAUAACUUGGAUAUCUUCGUCAGUCAUGAAGAUGAGGACGAUGACUCGAGACGCAUUGAUUUCUUCUUCCACAAUGGGGAGCUUACUGUUGCUCAUAUGAUCGUGGGAGCCGUCGUUAAUAUUGAGCCUGGCCUAACGCCGGACUGGUAUCGCGACCUGUGGACCACUAUGUCCGCGUCUCUCGAUAUGCGACACGUCUGGAGUAUCCGCAUCAGCUUAGAUUCAGACGCUGCCAUGAUAACCAAGCCGAUGUGGCUCAAGGCCUUUGCCCACGCCAGCCAAGUCGUACGGGUAAUAUGCGUGGAGUCCCGGCAAGUGCCGUCGUUGUCGCAUGCUCUCUGCCAUCAUCAAAAGUCGUCCGAACGUAAAGUUUUGGAGCAAUUAUUCCCACGUCUUGCGGCUGUAUGCACCUUCGGAACAAUGCCGCGAGAUGUUUUCCUACUGAAGCGUGCGCUCAAUAUCCGCCGGAGCGUUCCUGGCGGCAGAGCCCUCGGAUAUUUCUUGAUAGAUUGUGAACCUGCACUACGCAGGAUCACGCAGGCGCGUGCGCAGAUCGUGUGCGUAUAUCCUGACGGCAAGCGGGUUCCAUGGUUCGCUCCCCCUCGUGCAAAGCGAACUACUAUCCCUGGGCAAAGGUUCGAGGGGUUCGAUGUUCGUAGAGCUGUAAAGGCUAUGCGCUCCAAACAGCGUGCAAAGAAACUAGGAAAACCUCCUAGGUUGUCUGCUACGGAGCAUAGAUCAACAUUAGAAGCUGAGUAUGAGAUCGACUUUGAUAGCGUCUUUCAAUGA